AGCGCAUUUGUUGUGAUUGGUAAUUCUGUUGUUUACAAAUGGCACCUUGAUACGUCAAAUUUGAUAUUCAAAUGAGGUUUAAUUUUGAAAUAUUCAAUUAUAUUUUGGUGGUAUGGGAAAUCUACUAUGUUGCCGUAAAAAGAAAAUUAGGCAGAAGAUUGUGCUGUUACUAGUAGGAUUAGAUAACUCUGGAAAAACUAAGACCGCAUAUGGUUUAGGAGGAGACAUGCACAGAAAUCCUAUCCCUAAUCCAGGUUUCUCUGUAGUGGAUUUGAAAUACCGUGAUUCCGAUGUAAAGAUUCUUGAUUUAGCUGGUGGACCAGACAUGAGAGGAUUCUGGCACAAAUAUUAUGUGGAUGCACAUGGCGUAAUUUUUGUCAUCGACUCCAGUGACUAUUCCCGUUUCAACGAAGCAGGAGCGGUUCUUGAGGAGAUCAUGUCAAGUGACAAAAUAGCCGGCAAACCACUGUUGCUAUUAGCAAACAAACAGGAUAACGAGAAUGCUGUAGACGAAGUUGACAUUAUUGAAAGCCUUCAAAUAGAGCGACUUGCAAACACAAGAAGAUGUCCUACACUGGUACAGAGCUGCUCAGCAAACGAACAGGAUAGUGAUAGGUUAGAUCCUGGUAUCAGACAAGGAUAUGAUUGGCUGUUAGGUACCAUUAUACGAAAUUACAAAACGUUACAUGAAAGGGUCACAAAGGAAGCUGCAGCACAGGAUCAGAUAGAGAAUGCUGAGAUGCUUGAAAGAAUAGAGCAGAUAAAACAAGCUAAGUUGGUAGAAGAAAAGAAUAAUAUAGAUGCUAUUGAGACAUAUUCAGAUUAUAUUAGAAAACUGAAUGACACAAUCGAACUUCAAGAGACUCAAAAUAAGGAAAGUGAUGGAGUACUGACAUUCGAUGAGGCAUUAAAUGCAUUGCCACUUUCUAGGACAAGUUCCAGUAGUUCUUCUAUAUCGUUUCCUCCAGUUUAUGUCCAUCCUGAUUAUGGACUUCCAGAAAGACCCAAAUCUGCAGUCCAGAUAGUCAAACAUCAGCUUCAGAUGAACGGUUCCCUGAGAAAACAACCCUUGAAAUCUAGAUCCAAUAAAACCACCCCUAUUAACCUGUACGACAUUAAAACACCUCAGUCUGCUAAAGAGAGAAGAACAAAGUUCCCUCUAGAUACACGGAAUCUUAAGUCAGCUGAUGACAGGCUAUUUACUAUUUGUAACACUUUGCCAAAUGCAACAAGUGAAAUGGGGCCCAGUGGGGAUCAUUAUUCUCAGUUGCGAGAGUUAAGUGGUCAAAAUAAGAAACUCCCUUAUAGUAAUGGGAUGCCUAGGAUGCAUAACGAAGGUGGUGAUCGGAAUUUGACAGUGAUUGAUGUCGAAUAAAUAUUGUUUAAAGAAUAUCGAUUAUUGGUGCCUUAUAAAGUAAGUUUAUAUUUUUAUACGCAUUUUCACUAGGUGGUGGUACUAAGGACAGUUAAACGAUGAAAAACUAUUAUGUGAAGAAUAAAUUCACAAGCACUUCAACAAAAUGGAUUCAAAAGACACGUGUCAAAAUUCGAAAGAAGAAAAAACUUCACCAAGCAUUGAGGAAUGCUUAUUAUUACUAAAAAACAUUUAACUUGUGCGAAAUAAAAUCUGAAAAACGACCGAAAUACCGAAUUUUCCUAUAUGAUUCUUACAGCAAAAUGUUAUAAAAGAUUUAACCAAAAUUUUUGUACUUCAAAUAUUUCCAUACAGCCCUCAACUUGGAAUCAGCGCAACAAUAUUUGUUCCAAAUUCAAAUUUUAACCCCAGAAACGUUAAUUUCAAAACGUAUCUGUAUCUCGUAUAUAGCUAAGUAAUGUUGUGUUAAUACAUGUUCUAGUUAUUUUAUACAAGAUCUCAUUUUUGUACUGUAC